AUGGAGCCCGAGAACCACCAAUUCCUUAUCGACCUUCUCAAAACUAUCGUGAAGACGGCCGGUUCUGAUGGAGCCGCGGGUCCUUGGAAAGACACGUCGCUAUUCAAGCUUGUAGUCGAACAGAGGCUACGAGAAGUCUUCAUCACCGGCCAGGAUAUGAAAGCGUGGGUCGCACUCAACCACCUGCUGAGGCGCAUUUCAAUCCCUCCAGCGUCGAUAUACGAUCUUCGUAUGGCAAGCUUAUGGAACUUACGAGAUGUGCUCGAGACCUCAACUGUGGUCGUGACUGUUAACAUGCUCAAAGUCCUGAUGCUCUGGCUAGGUGGUCAUGUACAUUGGCUGCAGUUGCAGAUCCUACGUGCACAUUCGAAAAGCUACCCAUCUGAUACUCUCAUCAACUUGGGACUCGGAGAUCUUCCAGCUAUCACGGGUGAGAAACUGCAACCAGUCGUCGACCUCGAUAGAUUGCAAUUCUGGCGGCAAAGGCUGCAAGGUGUCCAUGAUGCCGAGACUUCUGAUACAAUGAUGAAGUUCUAUGCAAGUGCUGUUCUCAGCCUGCUUAAAGUGGGUGUUGCGGAAGUUGAUGAGUGGAAUGAAGAGCUUCCUGUUACGUGA